AAGCCAGCAGUUCAUUGCGAACGUGAGAACCGUAAGCUCCUGAGCUCAGCACGCGACACAAUACUUUUAUAUUAGGUAUACAUACCAUUAACAUAUUUUCACGGUUUUUUUUUUUAUAUUAUUUUUUCUACAUAAAAAAUUUUUUUUAUCAAAAAAAAAAAAUUUUUUUUAAUUCGCUACCAACUAAGAGAAGUUGCAAUUUUUUUUUGUUAAAAUCUUCUUGUACCUUAUCCAUAUAAAAAAAAAUUUAUAUUGAUAUUCAUGAAUUGUUGAACAUUGCUUCUCUGUGAGAUAAAAGAAAAAAAAACGAAUGAAAUAAAGAACAAAGUGCUGCCUGCUUGUGGAACUUACAAAAAAUCUAUCUCAUAUGUUCUCACAUUAAUUUCUCUCAAAUUCAUUAAGAAAGAAAGAAAGAAAUCAUAUAUACACUUUGAUUAGAUAAAUUAUUAUUCACAGCUGAUUUGUACAUGCAAAUUUAUAUUAUGAACUCAUUGAAGUGGUGAUGAAAGUGAAGUGAAUAUAGGAAAAUUGUUACAACAAAAAGAAAAAAAAAACUAACACGGUGCAAACAAAGGAGUACGUGCACAACUACUUUCGUUACCUACCUACCCCCACUCUCUCAACAAAACACAGGGUAAAAGUGAGUAAGUGUGUCGUUGUCGUCGGAGACUAAUUAUUUUUUAUCAAAGAACAAAAUAUUGUAUAGUUGUCCUCCCAAUGGAAUAGAACAUACUUACACAAAAAAAAAAAAUUAACAAUUCCAAUGAAAGUGCAAAAAAGUAUUUCAACUUAAUUAAAAAAAAAAAAUUCAAAGAAGAAAAUAAUAAUUAUGUUGUGUGGACUACUACUAUAAAAAAAAAAUCAUUUGUAGUUCACCGUCACUGUUCACGUUCACCUAUAUGAGAAUAAAGUACCUUACAUAUGUAUGUAAAAAUAUAACAUUACUUUUUCUCUCUGGCUAUAGUGUAUUUUCCAUUAAAUAAUCAGCAGAAAAACAAGAGAGACUCGUUUUGUGUGUUGUUGUUGUUCUUGUUCGUUUUGUGAAAGAGAGUCUGCGAGAGUUGCCACUACCAUUCGACUCUUAAUAGUACUAUAUUUCAAGUGUCUUUUAAAAAACAGCAGUGAACUGAACAAAGAGCUUGAGUCUUGUGUAUCAUACAAAGAUACAACAAAAUACAAACAUACACAAAUAAAAAUAAUUAAUUAAUAUACAAAAAAUACAAUAACAAAAAACAAUACAAAUAUCAAAAAAUUUUGAUACAAGAGUAAAAAAAAAAAAACAAGGGCAAACAAUGACCUUGCCAACAACAAUUCCAAUAAACGACACUGACGACGAUUCUGAUAUGUUCGGACCCCCCAGGUCAUCGCCACCUAUUGGCUUCCAUCAUCAUCGAUCACGCGUCCCAAUGAUCUCUCCAAAACUUCGACAACGUGAGGAACGGAAACGCAUACUUCAAUUAUGCGCUCACAAACUCGAAAGGAUAAAGGACUCUGAGACAAAUUUGCGCCGUAGUGUGUGUAUUAAUAAUACAUAUUCGAGGCUCAACGAUGAGUUGCGUCGGGAGAAACAGUCUCGUUACAUAGCUAAUUUACCAAAAUCUGAACCUAAGCCCGAGUCAGCUCGCAAAAAUGUCUUCGGCUCGCAUAGCAAUAAUUGUGGUAUCGAAUGUUCCGAAAACUCAUCAAAUGAAUCUAGUACUAAUUCAACAGCCCUCACCUCAUCAAUUCCAACUGCAACACAACCUCAUAACUUAACUGCAAUGACCAAUGCAUCAGGAUGCAGUCACAACAAACACAACAACUCAUCUUUAUUGUGUACAGAAAAACGCAAACGUUCAUUAUCUAGCAAUAGUGUUGAUGCUGAUUUGGAAAAGCUCGACCGUGAACUAAGUGCUAUUAAUGCUUCAAUGCCUCUUAUAGAUCCAGAAAUUACUCAAGGUGCCGAACAACUUGAAAAGGCCAUGUCAUCACGCAAACGUUUACGCAGCGAAGAUGAAAGUGACCGUUUGGUUCGUGAAGCCCUUUCACAAUUUUACAUCCCACCACAAAGACUUAUAUCAGCUCUGGACGAUUGCCCUUUAGAUAGUAAGAGAAUUAAAUUAGCUGGCGAUAUAGAACUCGAUUUGGCUCAUGAAAUGAAUCAAACACAAAAAGAAUUUGAAGUUAUUAUGGAUGCACUGCGAUUCGGUUCACCAUCAAGUCAGACUGGCAAUGAUUCCUGUGGACAGGCAGCCAUGAUGAGUGAAACGGGUUUGUUUCAUAACUUAGUUGUGACAUCAUUGGAGACGUGAAAAUAUCAGUAAAGAGAAUUAAAGUCUUCGAUCUAGAAAAUGUUGCUCCAGAACUAAAUAAAAAAUAUGAUGUAUUUCAGUUUUGUAUUCCUUAAUUUGUAUAGAAUUUGAAAUCAAAAAAAUACAAAUAGAUUUUACACGACGUGAUACUAGUCAUCACUUUUUUUGUCAAUAUUCUCAUCGUGUAAAAUACUCCAAGUAUUCCAAAAUUCCAUUAAAACAAAAAAAAAAAAACAAAAAUUGUACAGGCCAAGUUUUCCUAAUUUUUUUGCUAUUGCAAGUACAGCUAAUAGUAUUCCUUUCUCUUAUUAUAGUUUCCAUGCAAAGUAGGCAAACAUCAAACAAAACAAAUAACAAAAAAACAUUUAUGUUUUGCAAAAAUGUAAUUUGAUUUAUCAAUAUUAGAUUAUUCGUAGAAGAGCUGUGAUAUAAUUCAGUAAGACAAAAACAAAUAUCCAAAAAAUACAGAAAUGGCUAAUACUGCUUGAAUAAAAAUUACACAAAAAAUUAAAAGUAAAUAUUUAUAUUACCUAAAAAUACCUAAUAGUAAAAGGUUU